UUGGUAUCGUUUUGGUGAUGCGGGACUUCACCUCAAAAAUAUUGUAAAAAGUGAAUUAUGCUAUUAAAUUAAAGAUUUUAAUGUUUUAUAGUGGUUUCCUAACGUCAUGUUAAUUAUUAAAAGGUGUAUAAUGUUUAUAUUGAUAACUAAUUAGCAUGUAGUUCUUCUGGUUUGGACUGAAAUAGUUUAAACGUUUUAUUUAACUAGGCUAAGGUUAGUUGUGUGAUUAAUACAAGUGGACAUUUCCAAACAUGAAUAUCGAUAGAAAGACGCCUUUAAUCUUAAAAAAGAAUACCAUGUCCGUGUUAAACAGAAACUAUACAUUUAAGGACACGCCAUUAUUUCAAAGUAUGCAGAGGGUGAACACUAUUAAAGAAGAUGUUAUUUAUACGUCAACGCCGGGAGAUUUUUUAAAGGGGGAAUACCCUGAUUUGACGAUUGUUAAUAAGUUGAACGUACUUAGCAACAACAGUCGCACAACUGCGGAGUAUAGGAGUGGGGACUCUGAUAUCAUUGAACUAACAUCUGACGAAUUGACAAAAGUGAUUGGCCAAAAGAAUUACAACACACUUUUUGCAGCUUUAUGUUCAGUUAUCAACCAGGAGUAUCGGGUACAGGCAAUUCUUGCUUUAUUAUCAGUUUCAAAGAGAAGGAUAGAUAUUUCCUGUCAAACUGAUUUUAAAAGUCCAGAGAAUAAGGUAAAGCUAACUAACUUUUCAUGCCAAACAGAUGAAACUUGCUUUGAUCUUAUACAAAGACUGAAACAAAAGAGGAAAAUAAGACGACCACAUCUAACACCUUAUGUAGUCCAAGAACCAGAAGAGAACAAGGUAAAGAAACUAGUUAUAACCCCGAAACAUUUUAAAGACACCAGUAGGAUAAUUGACAUAGAAGGAAAAAUCAAGCACAAAAAGAUUUAUAAUAACUCAGAUGAAAAUUAUGAUAAAGAUAAUAAACAUUUAAAUGAAAAAAACACAAAUUGUGCUUUAAAAUUUCCUCAUAAUAGUUCAUGUGUUGAGAAAGCUUCAAAUAAUGUGUGUAAAGACAUCAGUGACGAGUCUAAAACGGUGUGUGGCAAUGCAACAAGUUUCCCAGAAUUAAGACAAUUUGUAGAUGAGGACAGUAAUAUAUCAGAUAUAAGUUGUGGUAAUAUAUCUAUUAACAGUUUGGGCGGCUUAACAAACUUAAUAGAUAAUCCUAUUGAUAUAUUGGUUAAUAUUGAUAAACAUACUCAAGAAUCUGCAAGGCACGGUACUACACUUAAUAUGCUUGAUGGUACCCAAGUGUUAAUUCCCGGCAAAACUGAAGAUCACUUCCAUAUCGCAACACCCGACACAUUGAAAACUUUAAGUCCAAGUGAACGUUCGAAAGUAAUGUGGUAUCAAGCAUAUAUUGACUGGAAAUUAUGUUUAGAGAGUGAUGAAGAUGGCAAUUUACCAAUUCAUCGUGCGGUGUUAAGCAAUGAUAUUGACAUGCUGCGGCGACAAUGUGUUGUGCUGAAGAGUAGACAAGAAUCUGUGGACAUACCUGCAAACGAAAAUGUUACGGCUCUCCAGAUGGCCAUAAUACAAGACUACGCGUCGUGCACCGCCGUACUCCUGCAGUAUGGUGCCAACCCGCUGAUUACUGACGACGACCAGCGCACCGCCGUCCAUCUCGCCGCCGAGAUGAGUCCAGACCACAUGAAAGCGAUCAUAAACUGCUGUCAGAAUAAUGCACGGCACAUCCUCGAGGAAAAUGACUUGUGGAGACCAGAUUUUGAGACAAUGAAGCCCGAAUUGGUCGUGAAAUAUCUCCUUUCUAAAAUCUCCUUAAUGUAUGAUAGUCAUGGUUAUACGCCCUUAAUGCUUGCCAGUAAACAAGGAAACUAUGCCAACGUACAAAUGUUGCUGGAAUCAGAUACAAGCACUGUCAACUUGCCCAUGCCCAACUGCGGCAACACCGCGCUGUACGAGGCCGUCGCCACCGCCUGCAUUGACGCUGAAAAAAGAGGCAACAAAUCCAAAAUAGCUGACAAUUAUUUGAAGACAAUAGAAACUUUAAUAAAACUCGGAGCUGAUCCAGCUAUAGAGAACUCUUCAGGCAACUCUGUUAAUCAUCUCCUCAAUGAAAUAAGUAACAGAGAGUUGUCAAUGUUAGUUGCUAAUACAAUAGUUUCUUUGAAAUAUUCAUCUUACGAUAGCGAUCUGAAGAAAGAUUUCAAAUCCUUCAUGUUGGUGCGAGAACAAGAUGGAGAUGUCACUAUCAAGAAAUUGGACAGGGAAAAAAUACAAGUCAUACCAAAAAACAACGUUCAAAUAGAUUCUAAAGUAAAAGAAAAAGUGACCCCUCCACUACAAAUAUCAAUAGAUAAAAAUGAUUUUGACAAAACAUCGCCAAAUAUUAAAAGACAUGUGAUUAUCCCAUACGAUGGUACUCUUAAACGUAAAGCAGAUCAAGAAGGUGCUAUCGCCGUUUUACCUGAAAUUAAAAAAAUUAAAUCGAUUAAAAACAUAAUAAUUGUCCCAGCAUCGAGUGCGAGCGGAUACAUGACAAAUAUAAAAAAUAUAACAGCAAUAAGUAAAAUACAAUCAAACCCAAUACAAACGAGGAAAAUAUUAAAAGUUUCUAAAAUCGAUUUUAACAAUUUAAACGUAUCAAGUGCAAAUGUCAUAGGAAGUAAUGUUAUAUCAAUAAGUAAUACAUCGGUUGUAAAAUCUCAAAAUAAAAAUGAAACAAAUCAUACCGCUUUGCCAAUAAAGAAGCAAAAAAGAGAUAUACAAAAUUAAUAGAAAACCCGCGUUUCCACUAACGCAACACUAUAGAAUAUACGACCCGAAAUAUAAAACCCAUUUGCGGAAAAAAUUAAAACUAAUUUCAUCAUUUACUUUAAUAUGAUCUAAUAAAAGUAGCGUUUGAAGGAAUUUCUAUUUACAAGCUAAAUAUAGUUCUUUUCAAAUAUUUUGGCGCCUCAAGGUCACCGGGCAUCACAAUGCCCUCUCUCCGCAACACUGAACAUAGAGUCCAGCGCAGCGACUCGCGCGGAUUAUUCCCAACCGUCCCCACGUGGAGGCAGAUGUGAAUAAAAAGUUUCACCUAUCCCACUUUUUGCGACGAUGGGACGGUUGGAACUUUUUUAUUUAACAAUGGUUCCACCUGUCACCUUAUUGGGUGAUAGUGGGUAUAAAAGGUGGGACGGAUGAAACUUUUAAUUCUCACGUGGGGACAGAGUAGGGUGACGGUUGGGAAUAAUCCACUCGCGCGAAUUUAAGAACCUCCAAGAUAUAUGACAAUUAUACCGCUCUGACGAAGAGAAAAACAUUAAUUAUAUUUUAGUAAGAAUAGUGUUAUUUGUGUAUAUUUUGCGAAGAGUCGGUAGUGGAAACUCACCCUUACUGUAACAAUAUUGCUUCUGCACUUUUAUUUGCAAAAACUGCAUGUUCUUAUGAUCUGAAUUUCUUUAUGGCUAUAUACAUUUUUAAAAAUGAAUUCAUUGCUUAUUUUACAUAUUUUUACUUGCAAUAAUAUAAUA